GCAUUAAUAAAGAAAAGGUCUUUAAAUCCGAAAUCAAAUAUUGUGGCACUUAAUCCUUUUAUUCACGAAGGAAUAAUUAGAGUAGGCGGACGCAUACAAGCCUCAGACUACGCCUUCGAUAUGAAACAUCCCAUGUUGUUAAGUGUUAAGCAUCAUUUAACGAAACUUUUAUUUGAACAGGAACAUCUCAAACUGGUGCAUGCUGGUCCACAGGCUCUGCUAGCAUCUAUCAGAACUCGCUUCUGGCCUAUUAAUGGCAGAAACCUAGCGCGACGUACCGUCUUAAAUUGCAUCGUUUGUAGGCGUUUCCAAGGGCGAUCAAGUAAAAAUAUCAUGGGCAACUUACCUUCGGAUAGACUAACGCCAGAUUUUCCUUUCCUUGUCGUAGGCUGCGACUUCGCUGGGCCAUAUAUGAUCACGGAUCGCAAGGGUCGUGGUUGCAAAAUUACCAAAUGCUACUUGUGCGUUUUUAUUUGUUUUAAGUAUAAAUGCGUACAUUUAGAGGUUGUUUCAGAACUAAGUAAAAAUGCCUUCAUCCAAACGCUAAAUAGAUUAAUAGCACGCAGAGGUCGUCCAAAGGUCAUUCACAGUGACAACGCCAGAAAUUUUACGUCAGCUGCAAAGGAAAUCCAGCAAUUCUUUAGCUCGAAUAAUAAAGCGAUCAAAGAUUUUGCCGCCAACGAAGGCAUCGAUUUUUGCUUCUCUCCACCAUACGCACCUCACUUCAACGGUCUGAUGGAAGCCGGCGUCAAGUCCGCAAAAUUCCACUUAAAUAGGAUAUUAGGAAACAACCACCUGACUUUUGAGGAACUAACGUCCUUAUUUACGCAAAUAGAGGCAAUCCUGAAUAGCCGUCCUCUUUAUCCCUUAAGCUCUUCACCUCACGAUUACUAUCCCCUCACUCCAGGCCAUUUUUUAAUUGGUAGACCCUUAACUUCACUGCCUUCUCCUAGUCUUGAACACGCUAAUUUCAAUCGUCUCGACAGAUUCCAGCGAAUAGAACAAAUGCGACAAAAUUUCUGGAAACGCUGGAGCUUGGAGUACAUCUCUGAAUUACAAACAAGAGCAAAAUGGCGCGGAAAGUCUAUCGAGCUUCAGGUGGACGACUUGGUUGUGCUCAAAGAGGAAAACCUACCACCCCUCUACUGGCGCUUGGGGCGCAUAGAGCGACUUUAUCCUGGAGACGACGGGGUGCCACGAGUUGCAGACGUCAGAACUUCAAAGGGAAUCGUGCGCCGCGCAUUAAACCGAAUUUGCGUGUUGCGCCACAAUCUUUCUUCUGAGAAGCUUUAGCUUCUGACGCAGCUUCCCAGGGCCGGGUGUAUGUUCGCGCGCUAAUUCAUAUUCGCGAACUGGUGUACGGAGAGGACACAAGAGGGCGCUGUAACUCCCAAUACGUCAAAUAGAAUACACGUCGACUUUCAACGCGAACAAAGAAAACGAACAAUCUUUACAACGUGUACACCUUAAAACAUUUAUGAAGAAUUAGUAAAAGCAUUAUAUUUAUUGUCAUAUUUAAUGUUACGAAUUUGUGGAAAACAAAAUAAAUCAGUUCAAGAAAAAAGUGUAGUAAUUUCU